UUUGGCAGUUUAAUAAACACAACAUCACAGUACCGAACCGACACCAGAACAUUUGCAGACAUCAGUGAACCGGAGCUGUCAGUCAUCGUGUGGAGUGACACCGAGAGAAGAUGACAGAGCAGAACACUGAGGCCAAGCUGAAGAACCUGCUGAAGCAGGAGAAGAUCCAGCUGUGGAAUCCUCCGUACACCGAGAACGACACGCAGCCAGGGCUGCAGCACAUGCAGGAUCCAAAGAAGAAGGACUUCCUGGAGACCAGGCUGGAUGUGGAGGUGCAGCAGGUGGUGGACAGGAUCGUGGAGGAGUUCAGUCUGAAAUGCAUCAAGCUCAUCCUGAACGGGAGGACUCUGAGUGCCGACCAGACCCUGGCCCAGCAGGGAGUGAAGAACCACAGUAAGGUGAUGGUUCUGAAGGUCAGCGACACGGAGCAGCUCAACAAGGAGCAGGAGAAGAAGAACCAGAGCGAGAGCCUCCAGAGGACCCAGAAGGGCUUCCAGAUCCUGUCAGAGAGAGACGGCAGUGAAGAUCCAGAAACCACGCCGUUCCUGGAGAUCGCAGACCAGAAGGGGAACCCUCUGAAGAUCCCUCACAAGGAGAAGAAGGCCCUGAUCCUAGCCAUGGGGUUCCAUGAAAAGGGUCGCGCUCUGAUGAAGAGGAGGCAGUACGACGAGGCUCUGUGUCACCUGCUGCAGGCCGACCAGCAGUUCAGUAAGUGUGGCUCRGCGCUGCUCGGCUCCGUGGACAACUACGCCGUCCUGCAGCUGGACAUCGUGUGGUGCUACCGGGCCCUGGAGGCCCUGUCCUGCCUGGAGGACGGGCGGAGCCGCCUGCAGACAGCCGAGGAGUGUUUCCUGAAGUGCUACGGAGAGCAGCAGCAGAGGCUGCUCAUGAUCAAGGGGAACACGGGCAGAGAGGAGGUUCUGUUCCUGCGUCUCUACCUCCUGCAGAGCCUCCUGAGCUACAUCGAAGGAAACGACUCUCAGGCCCGACUGCUGCUGGCCAAGGUGGAGUCUCUGUGUGGACGUCUCUGUCCUGACUCGGAGAAGAUGGCCCAGCUGAUGGAUCUGGGUUUCACUGAGAGAGAAGCUCGWCUCGGACUGCGAGCCUCAGGAGGAGACCUGCAGGAGGCCGCCAUCCACAUCACCAACCGCCGACAGGAGCGUCAGGAGCUGAUGCAGAGGGAGAGGCAGAAGAGGAGGACCAGGACGGAGUCCAUCAGCACCCUGAUGGAGCUGGGCUUCUCCAGGAAAGACGCAGCCCGGGCUCUUCACCACGCCGAYGGAGACGUGGACAAAGCUUACAGCAUCCUGCUGGACUCGUCUCAGGCUGUUCAGACCAACACCAGCCCAGAGGGGGUUGUCAGUCCUGAAAAGGUGGAUCAGCUGCUGUAUUUAGGGUUUGAGAGGGACUCUGCUGAAGCGGCCCUCAGGCUGACAGGAGGAGACGUCCAAUCAGCAACUCAGCUGCUUCUGGACAACCAGGGAGUCUUGUCCCCAGAUCUCCUGUCCCCGCCCUCCACCUCCUCCACAUCUCCGUCCUCUGAGGAGGCCAGCACCUCCUCCACCUCCACAGAGGACARCGAGCUUGUCAACGAGGUGUUGGGGGACAUCUCCCGCCAUGAGGAGGACUAUCUGGACCUGACGUUGGAGGAGGAGAUGCAGCUCAUCGCUGACAUCAAGAUCUACCUGAACCGGGAGCCAGAGCACAUUGUGUGACGUCCUGGUCUGAAAGAAAACUGAAUCUGGACCAGCACAUGGACCAUCACAGGUCCUCUCAGACUCACUGUGUCCUCCAGGUGGUCCCUGUGGUCCGUCUUCACUGUAAGAUCUAAAGUUCACAGCAAAGCACAGAAGCAGAUGGAGCUCUGCUGGAAACUCUUUCAGUUUGUAUCUUUAUUUCAUCAGUUCAGUUCGAUUCAAACAGGUUUGAUGAAGUUUUUGUUGAACGAAUCAUGUUUUAGUUUUGUGAAGUUUUUGGUUCUAAACUUCAGUGAAGAGUGACUCUGGAGAACCCAAGCCUGUGUUUUCACUGACACAGAUUCAGGUUUUUAUUUAAUUUCCUGAUUUAAUCAAUGUUUCCUGAAGAGUUGAAUGUUUUCUGUCUGAAUGAGUGAUGAAAGAAAAGAUUCAUAAAGUUUGUUUUUGUUUAUUGUCCUGAAAUACAGGUUUUAUUUGUCUACAUUUAACCCUUCUGUGUGGGUCUGAGACGGUGGGUCUGAGGUGGUCUGGUCACCAGACUCUUCUUCAGUUUUUAAGGUUUUGGACCAGGACCAGUUCUUGUUUAAAAAAACCAAAUGUUGAUGGUGAGUGGUUGAAACCAGUUUUAAGUUUCUCUGAGGACCAGAUGAACAUGUUGAACCUUCAGAGGUGUUUGUGUUUGGGCCACUGAUGGGAUGAUGGGUUGAGUCAGCUGGUAAAUGAUAAAACCCAGCUGCUCCUUCCUCAUGAGUUUAAGUUCACAUGUUAAGAUAUUUCUUACCAACUUACAGUUUAAGAUUCGAUGUUUUAUUUCAUGAGUUCCUGUAAGUUAAUGUAGUCUGAACCAGAAAUGUUCCCGUUGUGUUGGCAUGCUUUUAUUUUGAAGGAGCUCUGUCAUUAUCCACUCCCUUCUUCAGAAGAACCUGUUAGAACAGUCAGAGGUUCUGUCUGCAGUUUUACCUGAGGUGGACUGAAAGCCCUGAAGGUUCUGGUCUCAUCUGAAGUACCAGGUCCAUAUCAGCUGUUUGAGGGUAAAACUGUUGGUUUUGGUUCCUGCUGUUGUGGAUWCAAAUAUUUUCUCCAUUUAUAAGAACUAAUAAAGGUUUGUGAAAACUGAGUGAAGUUGAUGUAAUUUGAUUGAUCAGCUGCUCUCUGACAUCACUUCCUGUGCUGUGGGAACCAAUCAGAGAACUGAGGUGUGGACUCUGGUCCAAACUCAUCACCCUGCUGCUGUUCCAGCUGGACUAAUGUGUGAUGUUACCUGGGUCAGAACAAAAGCUCUCAUGUUUUAUUAAACCAAACCAAUAAACUGAA